AAGAGUGAACAACAUCUCAACGGCAGAGAAAACUGGAUAUCUGUACCCGAGAGUAAACACACUGAGAGAUACACACACAGAGAACGCACUGUGAGAAGCUUGGCUUCUUGGAUACGUAGACAAGGGAGACGUGAGCUGCUACAGGACUGAAGGAGAGAAGAAGAGAAAAGGACUGAAUACAGGAGAGAAAGAGAGAGUGUGGGGUGAAAGAUUGUGAGACAUAGCCACAACCAAGACGAGUGAGGGAGAUGUAAAGGAAGAAGUUUGAGAAACGUAAGACCAAGAACAAAAGGGAAAGAAGGAGAGAGGGAGCGAGCGAGAGCCUGAAAGAGAAGAGCAAAAUAAAGAGACUGAGAAAGGAGCGAAUGAGUCACAGCUGGAAAGUGAGGGUCUGAGAGAAGAGCAAGGAAAGCGAUCAAGACGUCCGUGGAGUGAGUGACUGAGACCAAAGGACAGUGAGAGAAAGAGGAGUGGCAUCCUGAUCCUAAGUGGGACUCAGCCAGAAGUGUGGUGCGAUGGCGUCGUUUGCUCUGGAGCUAGUGGGUGUGAUCCUGUCAGUGCUGGGCUGGAUACUGAGCAUAGUGAGCUGUGCUCUGCCCAUGUGGAGGGUCACAGCUUUCAUUGGAGCCAACAUCGUCACAGCCCAGGUCUACUGGGAAGGGUUAUGGAUGAGCUGUGUGUUCCAGAGCACGGGCCAGAUGCAGUGUAAGGUCUACGACUCCAUGCUGGCCUUACCCCAGGACCUGCAGGCCGCCAGGGCUCUCACCGUGGUCACCAUCAUCCUCGGGGUCGUAGCUCUCCUCGUGGCUACCAUUGGUGCCAAGUGCACCAACUGCAUUGAGGAGGAGGGGGUGAAGGCCAAGGUGAUGGUGUCUGCCGGAGUGGCCUUUAUCAUGGCUUCGCUGACCCAGCUGGUGCCUGUGUCCUGGUCGGCUCACACCAUCAUCCAGGAGUUCUACAACCCCAUCAUCCCCUCGGCACAGAAGAUGGAGAUCGGGGCGGCGCUGUACCUGGGCUGGGCCGCGGCCUCUUUGCUGCUGGUGGGGGGGGCUAUCCUCUGCUGCAGCUGCCCUCCCCAGGAGGACAAACCCAUUACGAGGUACUCAAUCCCCCCCCAGAACCGGAUGGCGUAUUCUGCUGCUCCAAGGUCCAUGGCCCCCAGCUCCUACAACCGGAGAGACUAUGUGUGAAGCCGGAGGGGGGGAUGGGGGAUGUCUCAAGCACAGGAUGGUUUGAGGUGACCGGAGCUCUGAAUCAAGUUUACUCUUAUUCCUCUGAGACCGAGAAAAAGCCCUUAUACGCUAAUCAAAACAAAAUUGUUUGUUGUUUUAUGCUUCUGUCUGGUUUACAUUCAGUUGUCAGGGACUCAGUUGUCAGGGACUCAGUUGUCAGGGGCUCUAUUGUUCAUAUUUUAAGUGUAGUUCUGUCCAUGAGCUGUUCUUGUCUAUUGAUGUUCUGUAUUCUGUCAUGUUUUGUGUGGACCUCAGGAAGAGUAGGUGCUUCAGCAACAGCUAUGGGGAUCCUAAUCAAAUACUAAAUACUCAUCAUAACUGAGCACUACUAUAGGCCACAAUGCUCUUAUUAACUAGAGUUAUUGUAGUUUUGCAAUAUACUGUAUCUUGUCAAUACAGGUGAUUAGAUAAUAGAUGAUGUGAUAAAAAGUCACGGCUUGCUGGACCACAACUUGACCUAAAGCUGAACUAAAUGUUGAUAUCAUUUUUUGGGAACUUUUUCAGUGUGCUAUUCUUAUUUCGAAUCGUGUGAAUCCCUCCAUACGUGUGUGUUUCCAAAUGUUAUGUGAAAUAUGUCAAACAGAGCUUUUAGGUUUUGUACUUCUGUGAGAAGAAGAGGUAGGACGGUGCAGAGCAUAUAGCGUAUUGCAUUUGAAAUGUUGUCUAAAAACCAAAGAGAGAGGAAGAAACAUAGUAAAUUAAAUUGGUUACGUCAGAGUCCAAUCCAUCCAACAGACGUUUCAACAAUGCAAGAUAUGUACAGUAAGACUAGGACAAUAUAUACAUAUAUUUUAAAAGAUACAUAAAUAACAAAAUAUACUGUGCAGGGUUGCUGGGGCAACCAAACAGUCAGGUCAACAAGGUGGCACAGUAGCCGUAAACUACAGAAUACAAGCAAAUCUUCUCACCAUAGAGUGAACCUGUAUUAAAAAAACGACUCAGAUUAAGUUUGGACUUUGAUAUCAUAUCUGUUUUUACUGUUGCAACAUGUAAUCUAUUCACUGACAGACAGUCUGGGCUCUUUUUAACUUAAUAACCUUUCCAUGGGACGUGCAACUCCUGUACUGUAAAUGAUUUACCUCUGUUUGCCUGGAAAUAUUGUGUUUACAGUUUGAUGAUUCAUACAAAACAGUUUAUAUAAUAAAAAUGUUUUACUCGGUUCAGUAAAA